AUAAGAAUACGUCCCUUCUUCCAGGCUAAUCAUAUAUCAAGUUCUAUAUUGCCACGCCAGUGCAACAACCCGAGUCCGUUCUGCAGGUGAGUAUAGCGUGUCUGCUGGAUAUCGACUUAUCAAGACUUGGAUGCACCUACUAAGGCUCUAGGGUACUGUCCAAUCUUAUCAACGAGGUGUCAUUGGAGCUUGUACCUUUCCAUUUACUAAACCCUGUAACUGACUGGUAAAGGGUUCCCUGGGCAGAAAUACUCAAAUCAAAUGUCAUGAACACAACACUAACGCCAGUCGACUUACCUGAUCUCCCUCCUCAAAUUACGUCUCGGUACAUCACCUUGAGUGACCGCGAUGGUCUGAACGUCCAUAUCCUGGAAGCGUUUCCAGAUACAAGCAAUCAAUCGAGCACACCCUGCCACUUGAUCCUCCUUCUCCACGGCUUUCCAGAACUUGCUUACUCAUGGCGCAAAGUCUUGGUGCCUAUCGCCAACGCUCAUCAAGGUUAUCAUGUUGUCGCCCCUGACUUGCGUGGUUAUGGGCGAACAACGCUGACAAGAUUCGGAAGUGCCAGCCAAGUGCAAUACGAAGAUGCGCUUUCCUCGUAUCAUAUGCUCAAUAUCGUAGAUGACGUUUGUUCCCUUGUACGAGCGCUCGGAUAUUCAUCCGUUGCGAUGCUCGUAGGGCAUGACUUUGGGUCUCGUCUUGCGGGACACUGCGUUGUCGCGCAUCCGGAACUAUUUGCAUCAGUCGUGUUCAUGAGCGCACCCUUUGGGGGCGUUGGUCCACCCUUGUCUCAAGCGAGUAGCGAAGGUGGAGAUGAUAAAGCGAAGGAACGGGUUUCUUUGGGUACUGACAUUGCCACUGCGCUUGCUGCGCUCCAACCUCCACGCAAGCACUAUACGGCAUACUUUUCUACUCUUUCUGCCAAUGCGGACAUGCUUGGUCAAGGGGGAAAGGCUCUGUACGAUUUUCUCGGCGGCUAUAUCUACAUGAAGAGUGGCAAUUGGGAUGGAAAUGAUCCACACCCCCUACCUUCUGCAUUAUCACCUUCGCCCAGCAUCAGUGAGCUGGCAAUGGACCUUGCUACUCUCCCAGAAUACUACGUCAACGUCAUUGCUCGUCAUGUUCGCAUGGACGCCCGAAUUACAUGGCCCAGAGGUGACGAAGUCUCUGGGGGAGUAUACGCUGCUGAAUUCGGCCGCACUGGCUUCCAGGGUGCGCUUAAUCAUUAUCGUAGCGGACUCUCGCCUCCGCCCCCUGAGCGGAUAGCUCAACUACGUGCUCUAGCUGGGCGACGAGUGGAGGUGCCUGCGGCGUUUAUAUCAGGAGCCAAGGAUUGGGGAGUGUAUCAAACUCCAGGGGCUGUGAGGAAGAUGCGAGAAGUGAUGUGUAGCGGCGCGGGAGGCAUGCAGGAUGAGGAUUUCGUUUUGAUCGAGGGGGCAGGCCAUUGGGUACAACAAGAAGCGCCAGAGAUGGUGGUACGGGAGCUUGUGAGGUUUUUAGGAAAGGUGAAAGCUUUGUAAACGUCGCCGAUGCAAAUAAUCCUAGGUUUGGGGCAACGAAUGGGUGAUGAUCGCGAUCGUGCUCUCCUUUCUUUUUUGACGCAUUAAAAAGCCUGUCAGGGGGGGGUAAAAGCGGCUGUCAAUGGAAGUGCUACGAGGAAUGUGAGUUCAAGCUUUCAUUCAAAGUCUGG